AUGGACAAUUUCGGACCAGAUGAAAUUCAGGUUUUACCUGACAAGACUCCUACACCAGCUUCGCCGACUACAAUAAACGAUCAGUCAUCCGAUCUACCGACGUAUAUCAUUCGUCCUAAAAGGUCAAAUCAAGUAAAUAAUGAGUCUGGUUAUACAGAUGAAAUUGAGAUUCCGCUAGAACCUCUAUUAUCCGACGCUCGAUUUACAUAUGGCUACUUAAAACACAUUCAAACAUACAAAGAUUUAUGCAACAUAAAAGACAAGUCUCACAAAAAGAAAGUCAGAGAUUUCUACAAGAACCAGUUGGCGUUUAUUGAUUCGCUCGAAGCAAUGCUUUUGCCAAAUGCUGAUGGAGAAAAUACAGGGACAUCGGGUGUGAAACGACGGGAUCGCAUCAUUAAAAUACUUACGACAGCCAGUCUAAUCAUUAAUAUUAUUCUAGUAAUUAUUAAAGCAGUGGGUGCUGUCAUAUCAAACUCACUGUCUAUUAUUUCGUCAGUCGUUGAUAGUGUAGUUGAUCUUCUGAGUAGCAUUAUACUUAUGUGGGCAGCUCGUCAAAUUAAAAAGAAAAACAUUUAUAAAUAUCCGACAGGACGAGCACGUCUUGAACCGGCCGCUAUUAUUAUUCUAUCCGUGAUCAUGUGUGCUGCAAGUGUCCAAGUAAUAUUCGAAAGUGUUCAAACAUUUGCUGAUGAUAUAGAAUAUUUUACAAAACCAUACAAUCAAACGUCAUGUAAGAAAUUGCCUGAUUUAGAUAUGAGUAUAGUGCCCAUUGUCGUCAUGGUGCUCACUAUCGUAUCAAAAGCUGUGCUUUUCUUGCUAUCCUAUCGAAUAGACAAUCCAACCAUGUCUGCUCUUGCUGAAGACAAUCGAAAUGAUGUCGCAUCAAAUAUCGUGGCUCUUGUUUGUGGACUUAUCGGACAAGUUCGUCAUCUGACUGGAGUAACAGCUGAACCAUCAUUUCUUCAGCUUAUUACUCAUCUUGCUUACAAUUUCCGUCCAGAUGCAGUAACAAAAAUUGAUACCGUUCGAGCUUUUCAUAGUGGAACGAAAUUUCUUGUUGAAGUCGACAUCGGUUUGCCAAGUUCAAUGCCGCUGGCUAUUGCUCACGACAUUGGAGAACAAUUGCAAAAGGAAAUUGAGAAGCUCGAUAAUGUGGAACGUGCGUUUGUGCACUUGGACUUUGAAUUUACACAUGGGCCAACUGAUGAACAUAAAACUGGGUGA